AUGGCCUCCGACACUGUCUGUUGCCCGCCUCAGGCACCGCGCCCCAAAGUCGCACAUCCCGUCUCCCAGAAGUCGGGGUACGAGGCCGCUGGGACGUACGAGAAGGUCGGCGACUUUGACAAGGUCUAUGUUACUGGGCCCGAGAAGGCCGACCAUGCGGUCGUCGUCAUUUACGACAUCUUUGGGUUUUGGGAGACGUCGCUGCGUGGCUGGGACCUCCUCGCAAACCACCUCACCCUCACCAUCCCGCACAAGCUCUACGCCCCAGACGUAUUCCGGGGCAAGCCGUUCCCGCCAGAGAGGGAUGGCGACAAGGAGCUGCUGAAGAAGUUCUUCGAGACGACCGCCAAGAUCUCGGACCGCCUGCCCGAGGUAAUCAAGUUCGCGCAGCAUCUCAAGAAGGACUACAAGACAGUCUCAAUCCUAGGCUAUUGCUGGGGCGGCAAGAUCUGCCUGCUCUCGCUCGCCACGGACACGUUCCAUUCCGGCGCGACGUGCCACCCCGCUAUGAUCACCGACGAGGACGGCGACAACCUAGCACGUCCCCUCGGGUUCUACCCGUCCAAGGACGAGCCUACGGAACCCGUCAACUAUAUCGCAGCUAAGAUGAAGGAGAAGCCGUUCGCCAAGGAGUGCGACUACGUAUUGUAUGACACUGUCCACCACGGAUGGGUCGGCGCCCGUGCCGACCUCAGCGACCCCGAGAACCGCAAGCAGUUCGAUGCUGUGUACCAACGCCUCGCGGACUACUUUGCGCGCGUGAACGCGUGA